CGAAAUGGGGUAUAUGUGAACAGAAAAUUCCGCUUGUCGCCAGCUAGAAACUUCCGUUGCCAACUGUUCUAGGUAUCUACAGAUUGAAACAAUUUGAAAGAGAGAGAAACAGAAAAACACGGAAUUGAAUCGUAACCCGUUAAGUGAUCACUUGUAAUCAUAAAAUUAUAAUCCGAUAUCUUUCAGAUCGGGUCAACUACCCAGCCCGAACCCGAAAAGGAUGUCGUCCCGCAGAAGAGCUCUCCUCAAGGUUAUCAUCCUCGGCGACAGUGGGGUGGGGAAGACUUCAUUGAUGAAUCAAUAUGUGAAUAAGAAAUUUAGCAACCAAUACAAGGCUACGAUUGGGGCAGAUUUCCUGACAAAGGAGGUGCAGUUUGAGGAUCGGCUUUUCACUUUACAGAUAUGGGAUACUGCUGGACAAGAAAGAUUUCAAAGUCUUGGUGUUGCGUUUUACCGCGGUGCUGAUUGCUGUGUGCUUGUCUAUGAUGUCAAUGUGAUGAAAUCAUUUGACAAUCUUAACAAUUGGAGAGAGGAGUUCCUAAUUCAGGCUAGUCCAUCUGAUCCUGAAAAUUUUCCAUUUGUUGUGAUUGGGAACAAGGUUGAUGUGGAUGGUGGAAAUAGUAGAGUGGUGUCUGAGAAAAAGGCCCGGGCUUGGUGUGCCUCCAAAGGGAAUAUUCCAUACUUUGAGACAUCUGCUAAAGAAGGCAUCAAUGUUGAGGAAGCCUUUCAGGUUAUUGCAAAGAAUGCAUUGAAGAGUGGUGAAGAAGAGGACAUAUACCUGCCCGACACAAUCGACGUUGGUAGCAGCACUCAGUCGAGGUCAAAUGGAUGUGAAUGUUGAAACUAUGAUUCAAAACUUCCUGGGAUGCACCAAGAACAAUUAUCAUCCUUGUGUUUUCGUGGUCUUCCAAGUUCCAUUUUUAUCCUUGUAUACUAGUAGCGUUUGUUUUAGUGAAUUCGUCACUUCCAUUGAUUUUGGACUGGGUUGCUCUGCUCGUUCACUUCCCAUUGUAUUCUGUUCUCCUUUGCUUUCGACAAAUUUGCAUAGGUGUUGCUGAAGUUUUCAUGCAAAAGUUAUUGGCUUUUUUUCAAGUUUAUUUCCUUCUGCUAUAUAUGCCUUGAACGUGUAGUAUAUGUGAGUAUUGUGAUUAUCAAGUGUUCCAUGGGCAUGACCUUCAUCUUAGUGUGGAUGUCUUUAGCUUUUGUGUUUCCUUUUUUUUUUCAAAUUUAUUUUUUACAGCACUAAGUUUCAAGGGUGUUAUUACGAGUACUAUAAUUGAAGGAGAAAUAGAAAAUAACAAAGAAAAGUGGUAUGCGAC